GCGACCCUGUAUCGCUUUUAUAUAUAUGAAAGUUAAUUUGCCAUUCUGGCAGUUCGUCUUGUUUUGUGCUGGAGUUUGCACCGUCAUUGUGAUAUAGGAAUAAGGAGAUUAACAACAUGCUCACACCAUUUUCUAAGUUCCUCCUGCUGGGAAUUCUCACGCUUGUACUAUCUUCUCCUUUCCAACUAACCGAAAAAUACAUAGAAGACUUCAAAGCAGGAAUCGAAGCUCUUAAAAAACAAAUAAAAGAACACCACUUUACGCAAGAAAAUAUCGAAACGAAAGUCGACAACAGUUCGGAAAUUAUAACAGAUCCAGAACACUACGACUUCAUAAUAAUUGGAGCAGGAGCUGCUGGUUCCGUUAUCGCCAACCGUUUAACGGAAAAACCAGAAUGGAAAGUAUUACUUUUGGAAGCCGGAGGUCCCGAAACUCCAUUCACUCAAAUUCCAAAACUUGCACAUUUGUUACAAAAUACGGACUAUAAUUGGGGGUAUGUAACAACCCCUCAGAAGAACUGGUGCAAAGGAAUGAUCGACAACCAAUGCGCCAUCGCCGGAGGUAAAGCUCUUGGUGGUAGUACCGCCAUUAACGGUAUGUUGUACACGCGCGGCAAUGCCAAAGACUACGAUAAGUGGGCAGAUUUGGGCAACGAUGGCUGGUGCUACGACGACGUUCUCUCCUACUUCAAAAAAGCGGAAGACGCCGACCUAAAACACUUUGACCACAAGUACCACAAUCGUGGAGGACCUUUCCAUAUCGAACACCCACAAUACCUGACACACAUUAGUGAAAGUUCUUUGGCAGCCGGAAAAGAGUUAGGUCUUGACACUAUAGACUUCAACGGGAAGGAACAAAUAGGUUUAGGAAUCACCCAAAUUAUUUCUAAACACGGAAAGAGGCAAAGUACUGCUCAAGCAUAUUUAGAGCCCGCCAAAAAACGACACAACUUGAUCAUCAAACCCUUCAGUCACGUAACCAAAAUUUUGAUCAGUCCGCACACUAAGGAAGCCACAGGGGUCGAGUUCAUUCACGAUGGUAAAUUACACGUGGCCAAUGCCGAAAAAGAAGUCAUUUUGUCAGCCGGUACCAUCAACACAGCGCAGAUUUUGAUGUUAUCUGGAAUCGGUCCAAAAGAACAACUCGAAAAGCAUGAUAUUCCAGUCGUAUCAGCUCUAAACGUUGGCAAACACUUUAAAGAUCACAUCGCUUUCUUCGCUCUCGAUCUGAUCUAUAACGGAACUGAACCGGAAGAACCCGAACUGGACGAAGUUGUCGAGUACCUCAAAAACGGCAAAGGUCCUCUUACCACAACCGGUUGCGAAGUGCUUGGUUAUAUUCAGACUGAAGUUUCCAAAGAUAAAGCCCAUCACCCCGACAUCGAACUCUUCUUCUACAACAAAAAGCUCUCAUCCUCCCCUCCUACAAACCCCUUCAGACUAAAACCCGAAGUACAUGAAAGUCUAUGGAAACCAGUUGACGGCAAGAAAGCUCUGAACAUUGGAGUAAUGUUAGCCCAUCCCAAAUCCACAGGUACUGUCGUUCUGAAGAACAAGGACCCUCUCCAUCAUCCGUUAGUCGACCCCAACCAGCUCUCAGACCCAGAUGACGAAGAUCUCCAUACGCUGCUGGCCGGUAUAAAAAAAGCUGUAAGUUUUGCCGACACCGAGGCUUUGAAGAAAUUAGAUUUGGUGUUCAAUGAGCAUCAAGUUGCUGGCUGCGAAGACCAUGAAUGGGGCACUGAUGAUUAUUGGAAGUGUGCUAUUAAGCAUUUAACCAUCAGUUUGCGUCACGUCACUGGUACAGCAAGAAUGGGCCCCAAAGGUGAUGAAGACGCUGUUGUGGAUAACAAGCUGAAUGUUUAUGGUUUACAUAAGUUGAGAGUAGCCGAUGCUAGUGUUAUUCCAGUUACCAUUACGGGGCAUACGAUGGCUGCUAGUAUCAUGAUUGGAGAGAAGGCUUCGGAUUUGAUUAAGGAGAGCUGGAAAUGAGAAGAGGUCCGGAGCGAUCAAUAGGGCCUUCGUUGUUAGUAUAUCUUAGCGAUUUUAUUUUUAGAAUGACGUAUCUAUAUUUCUACAGAAUGUGAUUUAGUAAAACUAGAAAUAGUUCCCAUAAAUAUAAGCAGUUCUUGACGAUUGCAAAAAGUUU